AUGUAUGAGGACGACGACAAAGGACCUUUUCACAUUGCUGUAGCAACCGACCUUCGAGGAUCAGCGAUACUACCAUGGCAACAGAUCAGGCUAGCGUCAUCUUUGACAAGUCCGCUGAAAUCUCCAACAGGACAUCACGACGACAGACGCCCAGUGGAUCGACGAGGUUCUGCGUAUAGUAAUAAAGACUCAAAUAUUAUCAAAGUAGCCAAGCUCCUAUUGUGGGACAAAGGGCCGCCCCUAUCCCCCGAGUCCAUUAUCACUCGUCGUUCAACGCGACAUCUGCGUAACUCUGGACAACAGUGGCGUAGGAUAUCUUGUAUACUUCAGGAUAAUGGCGAUCUCAAGGUUUUGACCGAAAAUGAUGCUUUAUUGCUUUCAGUCGUUCAGCUCCCACAAUUGUCCAGAAGCGCAAUCCAAAAGCUUGACAAGUCAGUACUGGGAGAAGAAUAUUGCAUUGCCAUAUUUCCACAGUACACUUCUACAUCCACAGACUUGUCCAUAUUUAGACCUAUCUACCUAGCAUUAGAAUCACGAUUGGUUUUCGAAGUUUGGUUAUGUCUCUUGAGGGCUUUCACAAUUCCAGAAAUAUAUGGACAUGAUACCCCACAGCAAAUAGAAGCUGAUGCCGAAGGUGAGGAAUUGCCUGAGGGAUAUCCUUCUUCAACUAACGAUAUGUUCCGAAUUGAGAAGUCUCUCAACAUGCGAAUCGUUGAAGCUAAAUUUCGGAAGUAUGGCAUAAGGGCAGAGUUACCCCAGUAUGGCAGGCACUCGGUAAGGCCAGAGCCAGAUGGGAUUCUCGGUGACUACUUUGCAGAGGUCAUGCUUGAUGGUGAGGUCCGCGCCCGUACAAUAACAAAGCUGGAGACCAGAAAUCCAUUUUGGCGAGAAGAGUGCGAAUUCACGGAUCUGCCUCCUUAUUUACCAAAACUAUCGAUAGUUUUGAAACGUAUGGAAAUGUCACAACUAACCGUGCAAGGAUUCUUGUCAAGUUCAAGCGUUCAAGUGGCGGACCAGCAAGUAGAAACUAUCUGUGGAGUCGUUGAAAUAUCGGUUGACAAGCUCGAGCGAGGCAAAGAUAAUGAGGCAUGGUGGCCAAUCUUGGAUCAAAAUCAAGAGCAGGUUGGGGAGAUGCUAAUGAAACUUCGACAUGAUGAAGUUGUUGUACUUCUUGCCAAAGAUUAUCAACCAAUCUCUGAGCUUCUACACAAUUUCAAUAAUGGGUUGACACUUCAAAUUUCUCAAGUCAUACCCAAUAAUCUCAGGCAAUUAUCUGAAACACUGCUAAAUAUAUUCCAAGUAUCUGGAAACGGAUCAGAAUGGCUAAAAGCCCUAGUUGAAGACGAAAUCGAUGGCAUUGGAAAAGAAGCGCCAACAAAACGACUUAGAUACAGCAGGAGAAUUGGCUCAAACGAGGUUUCCUUCACGUCCAUUGAGCGGGAACAAUCGGUUCGAGACAUGGGGAAAAGUCUUAAUACUGAAGCGAAUCUUUUGUUCCGAGGAAACUCCUUACUAACGCAAGCUCUUGAUUUUCACAUGAGACGAGUUGGGAAGGAAUAUCUCUCUGAAAUCUUGGGAGAUCAAAUUCGUACCAUCAACAACAUUAACCCUGACUGCGAAGUCGACCCAUCUAGAAUUGAUAACGACGGUGCAUUUGAGAAGAAUUGGGUCUCGUUGAUUGCUUUAACUACUGACGUCUGGAGAUCAAUAGCAGAUUCUGCAACUCGAUGUCCACCAGAAUUGCGACAAAUCUUCAAGUACAUCCGUGCGGUUGCUGAAGAUAGAUACGGAGAUUUUCUUCGUACUGUUGCAUAUACUAGUGUCUCUGGAUUCAUAUUUUUACGAUUUUUCUGUCCAGCGAUUCUCAAUCCAAAAUUGUUUGGACUACUCCCAGAUCAUCCCCAACCGAAAGCUCAGCGAACAUUCACCUUGAUCGCAAAAAGUUUACAAGCCUUGGCAAACUUAUCAAGCUUUGGUCAAAAAGAGUCAUGGAUGGAACCGAUGAACAAAUUCCUUUAUCAGCAUCGUCAAGGUGUAAAGGAUUUUCUCGAUUCUAUUUGUGCUAUUGCCCCGGAUCGUGCAACGUUUGCGGUUCCUGCGUCGUAUUCCACGCCCAUUACCAUUCUCGCAAGACUACCUCCCACUUCUCGUGAAGGAUUUCCUUCUUUGCCGUAUUUGGUUGACCAUGCACGAAGUUUUGCCGACUUGGUCAAACUAUGGCUAGAAGGAACCUCGAAUUCCAUGACUCAAUACUUUGAAGGUGAUCUUGGUGAGUUCAACGAGUUGUGUAAAGCUCUCAAGAAGCGCACCGAUGAAUGUAUACUCAAAGCCGAAGAGUACGGUGAUCGCGUUGCCGAUCAGGUUUCUCUCCAAUUCGAAGAUAUAGUCGAAGGUCUCCAAAAUACACAUUUUCACGAAUCCCCUCAAAUUCUCCCACUCCCUCCAACACAAUCGUAUUUUCAACCAGAUUCAGAACAUCAACAUCCUAUCCUCCCACCUCCUUGGCAGGACUACUCAAUGAGUAAUAGCAAUGCCACAAGCAUAAAUAAUACAAGCCAUACAUAUCUUCGCGCUCCCGGUUCCGCAGGCAGUGGAAGUGAAAGAAUAGGUACGAUCUCUACCAUGAGUAGUAAAGAUAAAGAAAAGAAAGAGAAACAAAAUUUCUGGGAGGCAACUUUUGGGAAAGAUUCAAAAUAUCAGAGACCUUAUGCACCACCGCCAGAUCACAGUGCACAACAGUUAGGUAUGCAAGCAUCUAGUCCGCCAGGGGGAAAGGGGCCAGGGGGACUUGGACUUAAUAGACAGGAAAAACAAAGUAGGAGUUUUCUAGGUGGAUUGCGGAGGAAGGGAAAACAGGAACCCAAGAGUCAGGGGAGUGGAAGUAGUAAUGAUGGGGGUUUCAUAAUGGCACCGGCACCUGCCACAGGGAUGGGGAUGGGUAUCCCAGAGGGGAUGAGUAUCGAUACUGGAAAUGGAAGAGGCGCGAGGGGAGAAGGCUUCCGAGAGGAAAUUGUGUCGCCUACGAUGGGGGGGGUGGGGACAUAUACAGAGAGAUGGAAGGGGUGA